AUGGGAUCCAACAAUCCAUAUUAUAGAGUUUCAUUCCGUGUGGAUUCAGUUCCAAACCCUUUGAGACUCCAUCAAAACUUGGAACUUAAAUUUGUUAUCCAUGAGAGGACAACAUUCAGGAGCGUGACAGAAACGGGGGACAUUCGUUUAGCAGAUUACAUGGCGGUCUCUAGUACUGUUACUGCUGCCUCUUCGACUCGAGACCUGGGAACGAUCAGAAGCGCGUACCUCUUUGUCUCGGACAAGUUGCAGCACGCACAUAUACCCUCGCACAUCAAGCAUAACGUAUAUUUGGAUAUCACCCGUCGUGUAUGUGCCGAGGCACGCUGGUUUCACGAGUCCGAUGUAAAGCUGCAGCUAUACGUCGAUGUGGAUAUUGAAGGAGAGGGAGAAUUGAUUGCAGCAGAAACUGAGAAUGAGGGUUUACUUCGAGAGCUUGAGGCAUCCGCACAAGAGGAUCACCGCACUCCGAGAUCGGUGGAUAUUGAAGGAGAGGGAGAAUUGAUUGUAGCAGAAACUGAGAAUGAGGGUUUACUUCGAGUGCUUGAGGCCUCCAGACAAGAGGAUCACCGCCCUCCGAGACCCGCAUCUAGGGUAGCAGUAGAGUCCUUGGCGAGGGUGGAUAUUGGAGCGCAAGAAGAGGUUCUUUGCACUAUUUGCAUCGUUGAGAUCAAUGCUGAUGCCAGGGCGCUCCCCUGCUCUCAUAAGUACCAUGAGAGUUGCAUAUUGAAGUGGCUCGAGCUGAGCAAUUCAUGUCCCAUAUGCAGGUACCAAUUGCCUGAAGACUGA